CCCAUCAGAAUUGCAUGUUAGUAUUAAAGGUGGACAUACUUGUAUUUUGAAAAUCGCUCCAAUGGCAGAUGACAAAGAAGAAGAAGAAGUGGUUGUUGCGCCCAAAAUCGAACGCAAACGUGACAAGGAGAGCACAAUGGCGACUAGACGUGGGAGGCCAAUUAAGAUAAAUCCAAAGUAUGGUGCAGCUACAGAUGUCCCUGUGUCUGCUGUUCAGGAAAAUGCAGGAUCCAGUAUGCAGACUGCACAGCAAGUGUGCAGACAAAUCCCUGUGUCUGCUGUUCAGGAAAAUGCAAGAACAGAAGUUGCACCCACCAUACAAAUACAAUUCCAAAAUGCAAAGCAAACAAUAGAAGUUCAAAAACAGAAAAUCCUUCACCUGGAGGAUAAGGUUAACUCUCUGACAGAGGAGAGAAAUUAUCUUCGUGCAAGACUUGAAGAUGCUUUAAUUCAGAAGGGUCCCUCAGAAGGGGUACCUACACAGACUGCAACUACAAGAAAGAGCAGUACUUCUGAAUCUUCAAAUUUUUCAACUUCCGAGUCCUCUGAUUCUGAGCCCCCAAAACACAAAAAAAGAAAGUUAAGGAGAAAACACAGAGCGAAAAGACAUAAGAAAUCAAAGAAAUUGACUUCUGACUAUUCCAAAAGAGUGCAUACCCCAGAAGAAUCGCUAAAGAGGUACUACAAGGUAUUAAACCUUGUAAAACAGGGCCUGAGUAAGGCAGAGGCCUACAACAGACUAAACGUUGACAGGAACACAAUAGUCAUCCAGGCUCCAAUUGCAGACAUGUUUUCCCGGUCUGCAAGCAUCUGA